AUGUCUACCGGCCACCUAUUUCUGAAGCCUUCGAUUGGUGAUCAGAAGAAGCAAGGUUCUUCUGAGGAUUCUAAAGCUAGCAUCGACCAAGAAAACAGCAACAACUCAAGAAUGAGUGCCACUCUGCAGCCCGUGAAUGAGACUAGUAAGCGAAAAACAAACAAGGGCAGAAGAGGUAGUAAUGGCUUCAGCAUUGUUGGGAAUAAAAUUAAGGGGAAUAAAUCGGGCAAGGUAGGAGUUUUUGGGUUUGGCAACACCACCCACAUCCAUAAAGGCCACCACCAGGAGAAAGGAAACCAGGUCCACUCCAGUAGCGGAGAAACCGACUCGGCCUCCAGUUCUGAAGACGACGAAGCAGUAUUGACUAAUUAG